AUGGAUCAGGAUUAUUUUGUUGGUUUGAACGUUGGAGGAAAGAUCUACCAGACAUUUUCCGCAACUCUCACAAAGUAUCCUGAAAGUUUCUUGGCUCGUUUACUAGACAGCCCCAUGCCAUUUGCUGAAAGUGAUGGAAAUUUCCUCAUCGACCAAGACGGUGAGGUAUUCCGUCACGUUCUCAAUUUCCUGAGGUAUGGAAAACUUAUGCUACCAGAUGAUUUCAAAGAUUUUGAUCUGCUGAAAUGCCAAGCAGAUUUCUUCGGGCUUGAAUCACUGAAGUCGUCUAUUGUUAGACCAGUUCCAGUCCUUGCAGCAGUGGGACUGAGGUUUGAUGAUGGAAAGGUGUUCUACACGACAAGGGAAACCUUGAUGAAACGGAAGAAUCCGUUUUUUACCAAAAUGCUAAAUGGAGAAAUUACCGUCGCAAGAGAUUUUGAGGGAAACUACGUCAUGGAUAGAGAUGGUGGACAGUUCCACUACAUCCUUAAAUUUCUUCGAAAAGAUGCCAUCGAUUACAAUAAUGUAAAAGACAUGAGGUCUCUCCUCGAAGAUGCUAAAUAUUUCGAACUUGAACAAUUGGUACAAAAGCUUCAGCCGCGACUCGGGCUGUAG